AGACACAGAAACAAAAAGAAAAAUAGAUAUAAAAUUAUAGAAAAACGAAAUGGAAGCAUAUCAAACAAAACCACGUCGCAUUAUCGUUUGUCUUGAUGGAACAUGGGAGACACCUUAUGAAAGGACCAAUGUUUAUAAAUUUGCACAGGCUCUCGCUAAUGGGGAUGUAAUUGAUUAUAAGGGCCAAGCCUGGGAGCAAGUACACACGUACUAUUCGGGUUUGGGUACUAGCCGAUAUAAAAUACUUGGAGGAUUGUUUGGAUACGGAAUCAGUGGACAGAUAAAGUCAGCUUACAAGUACAUUUGUGAACACUAUCGUGAUGAAAGAGACGAAAUUUGGCUCAUUGGAUUUAGUAGAGGAGCUUAUGCUGUUAGAAGCUUAUCCGGAAUGAUUUAUAAUGUCGGAUUGCUUCCACAGAAUAAAGUAUCCAAAGUUGAACAGGCCUAUCAGCUCUACAGACUUCGCGGUGAAAAUGGCCGACCUAAUGGAGUUGAUGCAAUCAAAUUUCGACAAAAAUAUCAAUGUAAAAUGCCAUCUAUCCAUUUCUUGGGCUGCUUUGAUACUGUGGGGGCUCUAGGUGUACCAAAACUACCUUGGUUUCUUGGUGGAUCCAUCUUCUAUAACCUAUUUCAUGGGCUUCAUGGUUUUCAUGAUACUAAGCUCACACCUAUUGUCAAACAUGCUUAUCAUGCUAUUUCUAUUCAUGACCAGCGCGCCUGGUUCCGUCCAACGCUCAUGCAUUUUUCUGAUAAGCGAUAUCAUCCGGAAUCACAAACUCUAGAGCAAAUAUGGUUUCCUGGUAUGCACGCGGAUGUAGGUGGCCAAGAGAUUCCGAAAUAUUCUAGAAAUGUCAUUUCAUGUCAUUCUUUACAAUGGAUGAUGUCAAAGGCACAUAGUCAAGGAUUAGUAUUCAAGGAAAACUUGCUGCGGCAAAUGUUGGAUUGUCGAGGCUGUAAAUUUAUUUACCAGGAUAGCUAUUGUAGCUCUCUUGUUUACAGACUUAUGCCAAGGGAAGAUAGAGUGAUAGAAAAGGAUGUUACUACGCAAACAUACGAUCCUAAACUACAAUUAUAUAACCAAGGUGAUUUCUCAUCUUUUCUCACUAAAGAAGACUUGAAGAAAUAUAAAUCAAGAACUCUGAUAAAUUAUUUUGAAAAAAUAUAUGACAAGAAGAUUGACUAAAUAUAGGACAUUUAUAAAUAUGAUAUAUAUAUACAUGUAUAAAUAUAUAGAAUAAAAUAUGCUUAUUGUACAUCAUUUAUUCACAUUGAUUAAUAUGUCUUCACAAAUUGAUGAACAUUAACCCGUUCCGGUCAUAAUUCAGAAAACGACUGUUUGUCG